AUGGCUCCAUUAGAUAAAGACAUACCACGACUUCCUUGCGACGUUAGUAAUAUAAAAAAUCUUGACACAUACAUAGAAGUUAUCAAUCAGUUGACCACAUGUAUCUCUAACGCGGUAAACGAGGGAAAAAGCGUCACAGCUGUUAACAAGCGCCUUAUAAAUCUGGCAGCUGAAGAAAUCCGAAGAGCCUCAAACAGCCUUUCCACUGUACUAUCAGCGAAAGCUUCACAUGUCGAGGAACAGUCUUUGAAAAAUGAUAUUUUAACCAGCGUUAGAGAGGAAAUCAAAAAGCUUAAAGAAGUGCUAACUCCCACUUCCAAUGCGCCUGGCCCUACAUACGCGGAAGUGGCAUCUAUUGCCCCAAAAAAACCAGCAAUUGUUAUCAAAUCUACAAACCCUACAGCAAAAUCUUCCGACAUUCUCGCUACCUGGAAAAAGAACAUUUCAUUUAAGAAAGAAAAAUAUGCACCUGUUAAAAUGCAAACAAUAUCAAAUGGGAAAAUUCGCGUAGAGUUUGAAAACUACAAGCAAUGCGAGGAAGCCAUUACAAAACAAUCGUGA